UACAUCUUAUGUAUAUUUUCCUAUCUCUGCCAAGAAAUUUGUGUACAUAAUGCCGUAUUUAUACGGCAUAGCGGAUACAAAGUAUUGGGUGGGCAGGAGCAAGAAGGAAGGCGUCCAACCUGUGCCACCCAUUAAAUUUCGGCGAAAUAAACUCUACGAAGGACGGGUCAAGUUUAAUCAUGACGAUCUACCCAUACAAUUCCGCACAACUCCCGCUACUCUGGUCGAGCUCUGCGUUAACGUGGUCGACAAGUUGCCAUUACCUUCGGUCUUUGAAUGGGACGACAUGGACAUACGACGCUGGAUCAAGCGCUAUGGCUAUCCACAGUAUAUGAAUACCUUUCGCGUCAAUAUGAUUUGGGGUCGCAAGCUGUUGUUGCUGGAUGCGUCAGCUUUAUCGGCAAUGAACAUCAAGGACUUUGAUCACAUACGUCACAUAUCCUAUGGCAUACGUAGCCUGUUCCACUUCGAGCUUAGCAAAUUCUCGCGUAGCUUAUCACUGCCGGAUGAGAAGCCCAACGAACUAUAUCUACUCUUUCACACACAGACUGGUGUCAACUACGACGAGGUGCGUCGCUCCGAUCUGUAUCGACGCAUGCAAAUCUUACGGGAGCGUCCACUAAAUCUCUGCCACUGGGAUCUGUUGGAUUUGUGGCUGCGACGGGAGCGUGAACGCAAGUACACGGAACUAAUUGGAAGGAUACCACGCUAUAAUAUGUACAAAUGCAUUCCCGUACCAGAGGAACCUGAACCGGUCGAGGUCUUACCGGAGGCAGUGAUGUGCGAAACCUGCAUACCGCCCUGCCAAUGCGAUUGGGAUAAUCGGGACGUCCGUUUGCCGUGGCGUCUAAGUACACUCGCCACCCACGGCCCUGUGAUGACAAAGAGCAAGUGGACAACGAUGGAGAACAAGUGCCGCACAUGUAUACCGCCCUGCGAGUGUCGCUGGCCCUCGCGCUAUUAUCUAACGGGCACCGUUAUAAAAUGUCUGCAGCACAAGUUCCCCGAGAAAUUCUGUCCCAUAUUCGAUGAGCGCAUGAAGGCCGUGGCUAGACCCAGUCUCGUGGAGCGUUGGACACGAUUUUCUAUUUGAAUUCAGGCAUUUGGUUAGAUGUAUACAUAUGUAUGUGUAUGUACUGUAUGUACAUAUGUUUGCUUGUAUGAAUGUAUUUUAAAAUUGCAAUAUGUA